AUGUCAGUCGGCAGGGGUCGCGAGAGGUCAGUCGAUAGGGGCCGCGAGAGGUCAGUCGAUAGGGGUCGCGAGAGGUCAGUCGAUAGUGGCCGCGAGAGGUCAGUCGGCAGGGGCCGCGAGAGGUCAGUCGGCAGGGGUCGCGAGAGGUCAGUCGAUAAGGGCCGCGAGAGGUCAGUCUUUAGGGGUCGCGAGAGGGCAGUCGAUAGGGGCCGCGAGAGGUCAGUCUUUAGGGGUCGCAAAAGGUCAGUCGAUAUGGGUCGCGAGGGGUCAGUCGAUAGGGGUCGCGAGAGGUCAGUCGGCAGGGGUCGCGAGAGGGCAGUCGAUAGGGGCCGAGAGAGGUCAGUCUUUAGGGGUCGCAAAAGGUCAGUCGAUAUGGGUCGCGAGAGGUCAGUCGGUAGGGGUCGCAAGAGGUCAGUCGGUAGGGGUCGGGAGAGGUCAGUCGGAAGUGGCCCCGGUAUGCCAGUCGGUAGGGAUAAUAAAAUAUACAACCAGAGGUAA